AUGGCCAGAGCUGGUGGGAACCUGGGGGUCUGGGGGAGCUUGGUGCUACUGGGUCUGUACAGCUGCGCUGUGCCCUGGGCGGCGGACACCACAUUAACAAUAGAUGGACUUGCUCCGGCUUCCUCAUACAAAUUUGUCGUAUGGGUAGAAAUAAAUGGAACCAAUAGCACCACGGAGACCAUCAACGCCUCCACAGCUCCAAACCCAGUAAGAAACCUGAGUGUGGAAAGUCAAACCAACAGCUCCAUCACCCUGAGCUGGGACAAACCAGACGGUCGUAAUGACACAGUCAACCUGACCUACUGGGUCCAGAGACUUGGAGAAGAUGGCAGCAAUGUCACUAAUAGCACAGCAGACCCCAGAGUCGUGGUGGAUAGCCUUGCUCCAGCUUACACGUAUGAAUUUUCCGUGUGGGUUGAGUACGAUGGAAUCAGAAGCACCACGGUGACCCUGAAGGCCUCCACAGCUCCAAACCCAGUAAGAAACCUGAGUGUGGAAAGUCAAACCAACAGCUCCAUCACCCUGAGCUGGGACAAACCAGACGGUCGUAAUGACACAGUCAACCUGACCUACUGGGUCCAGAGACUUGGAGAAGAUGGCAGCAAUGUCACUAAUAGCACAGCAGACCCCAGAGUCGUGGUGGAUAGCCUUGCUCCAGCUCACACGUAUGAAUUUUCCGUGUGGGUUGAGUACGAUGGAAUCAGAAGCACCAUGGUGACCCUGAAGGCCUCCACAGCUCCAAACCCAGUAAGAAACCUGAGUGUGGAAAGUCAGACCAACAGCUCCAUCACCCUGAGCUGGGACAAACCAGACGGUCGUAAUGACACAGUUAACCUGACCUACUGGGUCCAGAGACUUGGAGAAGAUGGCAGCAAUGUCACUAAUAGCACAGCAGACCCCAGAGUCGUGGUGGAUAGCCUUGCUCCAGCUUACACAUAUGAAUUUUCCGUGUGGGUUGAGUACGAUGGAAUCAGAAGCACCACGGUGACCCUGAAGGCCUCCACAGCUCCAAACCCAGUAAGAAACCUGAGUGUGGAAAGUCAAACCAACAGCUCCAUCACCCUGAGCUGGGACAAACCAGACGGUCGUAAUGACACAGAUCUCACCUACUGAGCCAAGAGCAUAUGGUAUGGUGGUGAAAGUGAGACUCGGGACACAACAGCCACCGACGUCACCAUGGAUGCACGGGAUCCUGGCUGUUUCUAUAAAUGUUCCUUCUGGGUGGGAAGAGAUGGAGUUCACAGCUCUGGAACAACCCUUGAUGUCCCCUCUGUUCCCAUUUCAGCUCCAAACCCAGUAAGAAACCUGAGUGUGGAAACUCAGACCGACAGCUCCAUCACCCUGACCUGGGACAAACCAGACCAUCGUAAUGACACAGUAAACCUGACCUACUGGGUCCAGUGGCCUGGAGAUGAUGGCAACAAUAAAAAUAAAAGCACAACAAACACCAGUGUCGUGGUGGAUAACCUUGCUCCUGGUUCUACAUAUGAAUUUUCCGUGUGGGUUGAAUACGAAAGAAUCGGAAGCACCACAGUGACCAUCAACGCCCCUACAGUCCCAGCUGCUGUCAGCAACCCCUCCUGUGUCAGCACCUCUGGGGGCUACGGGGUCAUUCUGACCUGGCCCUGCCCAUCUGGGGGUUAUGUUACCUUUGAGGUGGAAGUGGGCGGACAGCGGAGAAACCAGUCUUCCUGUGGGAUGGGCAUGUCUGUGUCAGAUCUUGGGCCAGCUCAGUCUUACACGGCCACCAUCACAACUGUCUCGCAUGAACUGAAGGCUUCGCCCGUCUCUGUGACCUGCCACACAGAGAGUACAGGGGUCAUUGUGGGAGCCAUCGUGGGCAUCCUCUUGCUUUUCAUCCUUGUGGGCCUCCUGAUUUUCUUCCUGAAGAGGAGAAGAAAGAGGAGCCAGCAGAAGAAAACGCCCAAGGAUCUGGUGUUCAGCAUCCCAGGGGAUAUCCUAGCCAAAGACUUUGCUAACCACGUCAGGGUGAAGGAGAAGGACAGCAACUAUGGAUUUGCUGAGGAGUAUCAGCAAUUGGCUCCGGAGGGCCAAGGCCAGUCUCAGACAACAGCAUUGGCGCCAGAGAACACAUCCAAGAACCGCUACAGGAAUGUACUGCCCUAUGACUGGUCUCGGGUGCCCCUGAAGCCCCUUCAUGAGGAACCAGGCUCCGACUAUAUCAAUGCCAACUUCAUGCCUGGUCUCUGGAGCUCCAAGGAGUUUAUUGCAACCCAGGGUCCCCUGCCUCACACUGUGGGUGAUUUCUGGCGUCUGGUGUGGGAACAGAAGAGCCACACUCUGGUCAUGCUGACCAACUGCAUGGAGUCUGGACGGGUGAAGUGCGAGCAUUACUGGCCUCUGGAUGCGCAGCCCUGCACGCAUGGGCAGUUGCAAGUGACGUUGAUGAGUGAGGAGGUGAAGGAGAACUGGACGGUGAGGGAUCUUCAGCUCUUCCAUGUGGGAGAACAACAGACUCACUCUGUGCGCCAAUUCCACUUCCUGGCCUGGCCAGAUCAUGGAGUUCCUUACUCCCCAGACCCUUUGCUGGAUUUCCAAAAGGUGCUGCGGGAGUGGGUGGACCAGAGCAUGGAUGGGGGUCCUCCCAUUGUGCAUUGCAGCGCUGGCGUGGGCCGGACGGGCACCCUCAUUGCAUUGGAUGUCCUACUCCGACAGCUGGAGUGUGAGGGGCUGGUGGGUCCCUUCAGCUUCGUGAAGAAGAUGAGAGAGAGCCGGCCAUUGAUGGUGCAGACAGAGGCCCAGUACAUAUUCCUCCACCAAUGCAUCUUGAGGUUCCUCCAGAAGUCAGCCCCCGCCCUCAUCCUAAAUGAGUCGAUCUAUGAGAAUGUGCCAAACUUCAUUUAUGAGAAUGUAGCUGCCAUCAGAGCUCAUGAGUCUGAGGUCUCAGUCACUGGGUGCUGA